CAACAACCCCAUGGACAGAUCAAGGAACUACCCAAAGAGACUCCGAGGCAAGCCGUAUAUUGCCAAAGAGCUUCCACAAGUUCCAGCACGUCUUGCUUCGAAGCAUCCGAAUCCGUACAAAGAACCGACGCCAAGUGAAACUUCAAAUCAAAUCACCAGACACGGCUCACGUCCUUGUCUCUGCGGAAUGUACGGCCCCGGAGGAUGCAAGUGGCAAUUUUCCUACCUGUACCAGAUGAUCCUUGCCAUCCACGAAAUCCUUCCGUUCCGGGAGAUGUAUGAUGCACCAAACUUUUUUGUGACAUCUUCACGCACGAACGAUGAUCCUACGUUUGCCAUCUUCAAGACGUCUACCUUUUCAUCCCUAUCUCAUGAGGAAGGACCUUGGAUUGAGAGCCAAGACGACAGGAUUAUCUGCUUGGGAUGUGGGUGUGGAUGUGACCUGCCUACUUGGCCGGAACAUCGUGAUUCUUGUUCAGGCAUAGAAGAUGCGAUUUUGAGAUCAGUGGUCGGUGCAUGGGAGGUUGAGGCGAGGGCGAAAACACAGCACUGAAUUCAGAUCAGAGCAUAGGGAAGUGACGAAUCGCGCGGAAUAGUCAGUGCGCACGUUGAUUCCGUUGGGUGCAUGUCGCGUCGCGUCAAUGAUAAUGGUCACGUGACUCCUUUGUACUUAGUUGGGAUUGCAAUUCGGCAAUUCCCGAUUCACUUUAAAUUAUUCUCCGG